GGAGGAGGCUCGCUUGAGCCCAGGAGGUUGAGGCUGCAGUGAGCAGAGAACGUGUCACUGACUCCAGCCUGAGGACAGACCGAGAUACUGUCUCAAAUUAAAAAAUGCAGCUUGCUGAGCAUCAGACCUAUUGAUUGCAUUUGGUAGAAUGAGAGAGGUGCAGAGAUGUGGAGUUUGCAUUUCCACACCAAUGUUUGUGAACCCCUCUUCCUAUUGGGAUAUAGGAAAUUAGGCCUGUCCUAAUUAUGGCCUGUCCACAGCCAUAGUUUUCAUCACUAAUGAAUUCACUUCCAGCCCAGGCCUCUGCCUACCUGUCUGAGGCAGCACUUCACCGGUGGCCAUCCUUCCUGGUGUGGAUUCAUCACUCUGCCUCUGAAAACAGCAGCCAUCCCUAUGGGAGGACAGGCAUGAUUUUUCAGUACUCAUUAUAGUACAGCCAGGACUGGUUGAGGGGAUGGAACAGCUGUCCCAGAUGGUGUCUAAACCCCUAAGGAGCUCAUGAUCUAGUGGGAAAGCCAGUAAGACAGAACCAUACAGGACAUAAGUUAGAUGCUAAAUGGUGAUUUAGAUAGGAGACAGCAGUAUUGAAGGGAGGGAAGUUUCUUGUGAGUAGCUACCCGGAAAGGUGAGAUUGGUGUGCUCUCCCUUCAAAAAUGAGUAGGGCCUUCUCAGAUAGCCAAGAAGCCCAGGAGCUCCCCUGGGCAGUGGGGACAAGAGCCUCCCUUGAGACACUGCAGCCAAGACAGACAGGAGUCCUUUCUUCUCACUGACCCCAGAGGGGACUGGCUUGACUGCUUUAUGCCUUAAGUGGGGCCUGGAGCAAAUGGCCCACAUUAGUCUGUCCUGAGUGUCCAGAGCCUUGUUUAGGGGAAAAUGGCAUCUGGAGACUAGGCUGCAGGGAUAAUGGGGACAGUGAGGGACAGAGCCCCUGCUCCUUCAGCCAAGGAGGUGCUGGACAUUACUAAGAAUCCAGGUAGACUUGGGAUCUCCAGAGUCUCCAUGCUGGGACAUGAGGCCUUCAGAACCUGGAGGAAUGGAAAUAGUCAGCUUACUUGUCGAGAAAAAGGUCAACCUUGGUAAUUUAAAGAAUGUUUUAAAAGUACACAAAAUGCAUAUUUCUAAAAUUAGCAGUGCCUUGUUUUGGAUUGAGAAAUGCCCUGUUCUCUUGAACCUUAGCACUUAGGAUGUGACCGGCCGUUCAGAGCUGGGUGGGGAAGUAAGUUGAUUGAGGAGUUGCUUGGUUUAACAGGCAGCAGGUGAUGCUGGUCUUUGGAAACUCCCCCACCUUUCCAUUCAGAACAUCCUCUUUUCUCCCAAGCCUCUAUACCUUUCAUAUUGCUCCACGUUUCUUUAAUCACAGCAUUCAAGGGCCUGAAAUAUUUGUUCCCUCAUAGGUGCUAAGUGAGACAAUUGACUCCAUUUUGUGAUGACCUUUUUCUUCCCUUUACUGCCAACUCCCAAGACCCCCACGUCUGCUUUUCUGGAGAGCAUCUAUUGUUUUUUUGCUUCUUACCUCCAGUGGUCUUCCUCCCUGUCAGCCUCUUCACUACCUGGGAGGCUUCCUGCUAUCUGCAUCUAGUCCAGGCUCAGGCGUUUUGCUCAUUGUCUGCUUUCAGUCCAAGCCUCAUUAUACUCAGCUCACGCUGAUUCUACUCUACCUUUCACACCGUUUCUCCCAUUCUUCCCAAUUAAAGGAGACAUCCUAUAAGACCUGGCGUCAUAUACCCAUUUGUGCCAAGAAGCGACCCCUAGCUGCUCGAGCCCUCCUCGUGAUAGGUACCAUCCCCUUUGGCCCCUUUGCCCUUCUCUGGUGGUUUGAUGUGAAUUCAGUCUUGUCUCUUCAGCUCCACUGGGACCCAGUGGGGGAAGGAGCCUGCAUUCCUUCCGGAGUCCCCAGCACUCUGAGCCAUACUGGCACCUGUGUGCCCCGUGAUUACAGGCUGGUGGGCUGGAGUUGCCUGAACUUUUAACAAGUGCGUAAAUACAUUGGUAGAUAGUUGGGUGAAGCAGGGGACCCAGUAAAGGGUUUCUUAAUUCAGAGACAGAAAAUUAUUUGUGGGAGAGGAAAGUGCAAUUGUCUUUUUUCAAGGUUAGCCCAGAGCAUGUUCUAGAUUGGGAUUGAGUCACGCCCCUUAUCUCCCACCCCCCUCUCCCAGGUGCAUGCCCCCAGCCACACCUGGCAGGGCAGCUGACUUCAUAAAAGUAGCUCUGAGGGGUGGGUAGGGGCUAGAGGAGCAGGAAGAUGAGCACUGAGUAUGGACAGCAGCAGCAGCAGCUCGGGGGCCGUGGGGGCCACAGUACUGGGAGCAAGAAAUCCAAAAAGCGCUGCCGGCGCAAGGAAACCUACUCCAUGUAUAUCUAUAAGGUGCUGAAGCAGGUGCACCCCGACAUCGGCAUCUCUGCCAAGGCCAUGAGCAUCAUGAACUCCUUUGUGAAUGAUGUGUUUGAACGGCUGGCGGGUGAGGCUGCCCGGCUGGCUCAGUACUCAGGCCGGACCACCCUGACUUCCCGGGAAGUCCAGACGGCCGUGCGUCUGCUGCUGCCUGGGGAGCUGGCCAAGCACGCUGUGUCCGAGGGCACCAAGGCUGUCGCCAAGUACACCAGCUCCAAGUGACCCAGGGCCUGACAAAAAUAAAGGGUGAACUGUU